AUGGCCCCAAUUCCCAUAACAAUCGUGACCGGCUUCCUAGGCUCAGGAAAAACCACCCUCCUCCUAAACCUCCUCCCCCAACUCCCCGCAACCUACAAACUCGCCCUCCUCAAGAACGAAUUCGGCGACGUGGCAGUAGACUCCCAACUCGCCUCAACAAAAUCCAUCUCCGGCGUCCGCGAACUCCUCAACGGCUGCAUCUGCUGCAAUCUAGUCGGUCAACUCAGCGAUGCUCUCGUCCAACUCCAAACCGAAGUCCGUCCCGACAGAAUCGUCAUCGAGACCUCUGGAAGCGCAUUCCCCGCUACACUCGCAAUGGAGGUCAACCGGCUCGCGAGGGAGGAGGGGGGCAAUUUCGUGUUGGAUGGAGUGAUCAGUGUAAUCGAUGUGGAGAAUUGGGAAGGGUAUGAGGAUACGAGUUACACGGCGCGGAUCCAGGCGAAGUAUACGGAUUUGAUCGUUUUCAAUAAGUGGGAGGGGUGUGAUGCGAUGAGGUUUGAUGUUUGUUUGGAUCGGGUGGGGGAUUUGGGGGUUGAGACGCCUUGGGUUAAGUCUGAGAAGGGGAGGGUUGAUAAGGAGGUUUUGUUGGGGAUUGAUGGGGCUUUGUUUGCUAAGGAAGGGGGUGAGAUUGAUGGACAUGGACAUGGGCAUGAUGAUGGGCAUAAGCAUGAUCAUCAGUCUGAGGUGGAGGUUUUGUCUGCUGUUUUGAAGGGCGAGGGGAAGAACGUGGAUGUGCAGGCGUUGGAGAAUUUACUUUCGUCUGCGCAGAGGGAGGAGAUUUAUCGCAUCAAGGGCAUUGUUAGGUGCUCUUCGACGGCACCGUUGGGGGAGACUUCGGAUGAUCUUGAGGGAUCGAGGCAGAAGAGUGAUGACUCGGGGAGUCGAUACUACAUUCUUAACUGGGCGUUUGGCCGGUGGACUUGUACACCGUCGACUGUGGUGGCUGAGUCUGCGGAUGAGAGUGUCAUUGUUCGCAUGACAUUCAUUCUCGCUCGCUAUGAGUCUGCCAAGUGGAAGAAGAAGCUAGAGGCGGGUGGUUUGGUACAAGCCGACGGUGCGGAGUUGACUGUGGAGCGACUGGUUUAA